GGGCGGGCCGGAGGAGGUGUUCUCCGCGGAUGCCGCGGAUCCGGGAGGCCCAGUGGUCAGGUGUCCCGACUGCCCAAGCCCGGGGCCUUGGUCUCGCCAUGACCGAGCGGCGUGGGGGGCUGGGGGCCCGCCUGGCCCGCCUGCUGGCUGGACUAGGGGCCCGGAGGGAGCGCAGGGGCAAGGAGACCUCAGAGGAGGCCGGACCCCGGGAUAGGCCCUGGGGUGGCCAGAGCUGCCCCGACCUGGCCCAGGGCCAGGGCAGCACCAGCGAUGUCAGACUCAAGGUGCAAGCCCAGAGCCAGUCAGAAUGGGACCUUCGGGUCGGGAGCCACGGUGGCUUCUGGUCUGGGAAGAGACGGCACCCAUCAAGGAGACCUGCCCAGCCCCUGGGGCGCCUGCAGAGGCCAGCCGUGGGCAGCGCCUCGGACCUGGCCAACUACACCUCCGUGACACCCGGGGACCUGGCCCCGGCUGCGGCCUCUGCAGAACCCGAUGGUGCCCAGCACCCCUCACUCCUGGGGCCUAUGGAACAGGGAACCCCAGGCCGCCUCUGCCAGCAACCCCCACGUGAAGCCUCAGACGUCACUGUCACUCGGAGGCUGGAGCCUCCCAGCAAUCUGGAAAACACAACCCCGCCGCCCCGCCCAGCAUCCGUCCCUGAGGUGGAAGGGGCAAAGGGCGAGCGGGACACCCCAGGGCCUGUCCAGUCAGAGUCGGCCCUACAGUCCCAUCGCUCGGCCAGGAGGACCCGCUACCACAUCACUGUCACCCUACAGGGGUGUGGGCAGACACCUAGGGAGGAGGGUGAGGAACCGGCCCAACCAGCUCCCCACCCCUGCGGCCCUGAGGAAUCCAGGGGCUGGCAGGAGCCUCCCCAGGGGCUCCGCCCCGUCACGGGGUGCCUGACAGACCUGCCCCAGGAGCCCCAGCUGAGAGCCCUGCUGCUGCAUCAGGGGAGUGUGGCCCAGGCCGGCCAGAAGCCUGGGUCCCCACACGGAAGGCUCAGGCCUCAGCCUUUGAAGGACCUUAACCGAGGGAAUCCCUUGACAGUUGGGGGGGCGCUGGACCACAGUGUGACGAGAACACCUCUGGACAGGUUGCCGGCACCCGACAUGGAGGAGGCAGCUGGGCCUCCGGCCCGGGCUGAGGCCCGAGUGGUAAGUGCCACCCUGACGUGGCGACAGCGGCCUCCAGCCCAGGAAGAAAUUAGGCACCGUUUUCACAAGGUGUCCCUGGUGUCGGGGGCCCGAGAGGAGAUGUUUGGGUACACCCACCUUGGAGAGGAAGUCAAUGGCUUCGCUACUCGGGAAGAAGAGACUGUGAAUCACCAGGGCCUUCAGGACGAGGCCGGCCCCACAAACUUCCAGAGCCAUGGGCCCAUCUUUUCCAAGAAGUACACGCCGCUCCCAAAGGAGAAGAGGCCGGUGGGGAGGCUGAAGGAGGCUGCGGACCAGACUGACGGCGUCCCACAGGCUCCCAGGACUGAGCCACCAGGCAUGGGAGCCAUGGCCAGGACUGAGCUGUUGGUGCCUCUGCCUGGGCCCCGGGAGCCAAGCCCCCACCCAGGCAUGAGUCACACGGGGGGGAGCUCCUGGAACGCAGAGGAGUGUCGAGUGACACGCACCGUGCGCACAACCACAGUGGUGGGGGGCCACGUGGACCGCCGGAUGAGCAGCUCCGUGACCGUGGGGCCAACGCUGUCAGGGGAGACCUUGCCAAGGGGCCGCCACGUGGCCCGCUCGGUCCGGGCGGUGGUCGUGGGCCCCCGGGCUGACGGCUCACCUGGCCACAGCAAGGCCCGGGAGCUGCUGAGUAGCCUGGUGGCUGCUGAGCACAGCCCUCCCGCCAGCCGCCUGCCCAGGCCCACGAAUGUGGCGCUAAGGGGCCAGGGGCUGAGUGGCAUGGGGCAGCCAGUCCUGGGGCAGCUGGCCGAGACCGGGACAGCCCAGCUAAAGGUCCCUGCCGGCAGCCCACCCCAGCAUUGCGACGGCCCUGCAGCCCGCCCAGACCGAGACCAGGGCAAGGCGCUGGAUGCCAAGGCCUGUGAGCCCCUAAGGGUGCAGGGAGCCUCCAGCCCUACUCCGCUGCCUCCCCAGACUUCUGGGGGCCAAGCUUCAGUGCCCUCCUCUCCUAGACUCCAGACCCGAGCUCCCUCCCCAGGCUUGGCCCAAAGCCCAGAGCAGCCUGUGGUUGCCUCCCAGCCCAGUCCCCGUGCCCUGCCCCGCAUAGAGAGCGAAGGGCUUGCAGAAACCCCUGCUGUGCCCAUGCCGCCUGUGGAGAGGAGCAAGGCUGUUACAGUGCCUGGACAGCCCCUCGUUCCACCUUCUAUCAGGAAGAAGACUGUCCCCGGUCCAGCAGGUCUUUCUGCUGCCUCCUCCCCAAGGAAUCAGUUUGUUCAGGACCCUGAGAAUGUGCUUGUCUCCUCCCUUGCUCAGAAAGAUGCACCUCAAGGCCCUGGUGCUCCCAAUGCCUCGUCCCGUAAGCCAACCAAGGUUGCCCAGGGCCCAGAAAGAGGCCCUGGCACCCAGAAGGAGGUGGUCUCGGGUGCUGAAAGCAGCCCUGCCCCCUCCCUUCCCAAGCAAGAGACUACUCAAGGCCCAGCUACUCCUGUUCCCCUACUCCCCAAAGAAGAUGAGGUCAUCCCAGGUUCCAAAGGGAGCCCUGCCUCAUCCCCUACUCAAAAAGAGGCCUUGCAGAGCCCUGCUGCUUCUCUCGCCCCGUCCUCCUCAGUGGGCAAAGAGCUCCCCAGUCUCGGAGGCACCCCUGUUGCAAUGCCAGUGGAAGCAGAGGCCAGCGUGGAGGCCCAGCUUGUCCCUGACUCUGCUGAGGGCCAGCCACUUCCAGAACCACCGAGUGAGGAGGACGAGAUGGCCCUGGCCGCUGACCUAGAGAUUUUCCUGGAUACACUGCGGAGCAUGGAGCCCCCUGAGAUCCUCCGCACUCACCGGCUGCCCCGAGCCCCACGCUCCUCCUACUUGGCCAUGUAUGCCACACUGCCCGCCAUUGAGGAGGACCAGCCUGGGCCAUGGGUGCUGGGACCUGUUCCCCAGGAGGUGCCUGCCCUGCAGGAGGAGGAGGAGGAAGAGGAUGAGGAGGAGGAGGGGGGUGGGGAGGAGGAGCCAGAGAACCCCUACCUGAGCGAUGAUGAGAAGCUCCAGCGCAGGCUGGAGAAAGCAGGACCCAGCCCCUCCUGGGGCUCCCAUUCUGCCAGACCCAUGCAGGGCUCUCGCUCACCCCUGGAGAUGAUGAAGAAGCAUGUAGCAGAUGCCAGGAGCCAUCACGCAGAAGUUGGGCUGGAGCGGCAGACUGGCACCCGGCCCACUUCGCGGCUUGGUGGCAGCAUUCUUUUCAGCGGUCUGGUGCCUGACAGCAAGGAGGCCCCCACCCUGGAACCACUGGGUUCAAAACUAUCUGCUCUGCCACCCCAUGGGGCACCGGGGCUCAGGAAGCUGCCUGGACAGUUGCCCCUGCUCUGCAUCGGAAGGCCGCCACCCGAGAAGCUGACGCGUGCCCAGCCCCUGGAGGGGUGGAGCCCGUCCUUGAAAACCCAGGGCAAGCUGAACACCAGGCCUGGGAAGGUGAUCUUCUUCUCAGAGCCCGGCUGCCAAGGCAGCAGCAGGGAGGUCUGGGAAGACACUGCUGACGCCUUGGGCUGGGACCCUGUCGCCUCCAUAAGGGUGGUGCGAGGAUGCUGGGUGCUGUACGAACAGCCGGAGUUCCAGGGCCAGAAGCUGGUCCUGCCUGAAGGAGAUGUGGACCUCAGAGCCCUGCGGCCAGCGUGGAGCACUGGAGCCAUUGGCUCCCUCCGGCGGGUCGUCCGGGACUACUGUGCCCCGGAGAUCAUCCUGUUCUCCGAGGAGGGCCUCCAGGGUGAGCAGGUGAAGCUAACCGAGGCGUUGAAGGACCCUGGGGGCCUGGAGAGGCCCCUGAAAGUGGCAUCUGCCACUGUCUCUGCAGGACUGUGGAUGCUGUACCCCAAACCAUUCUUUGAAGACACCCCCUAUAUCCUGGAGCCUGGAGAGUACCCUACUCUGGAGGCCUGGGGUACACCAGACCCCACAGUGGGCUCCCUGAAGCCCAUGAGAUUGGGCUGUCCGAGCGUGGAGAAGCCAGGGGAGCCCAAGGCUGUGGUGUAUGAGGCUCCAGGAUUUCAGGGCAAGAGCUGGGAAGUGAGCAGAGACAUCUACAACCUUCGGCGGCCAGAGGACAGCCAGAGCCCCAACCUGGAAUCUGUGGGGUCCUUGCGGGUCCUAGGGGGCUGCUGGGUGGGCUACGAGAAGCCGGGCUUCCGCGGCCACCAGUACCUGCUGGAGGAGGGCGAGUACGCUGACUGGUCGCACUGGGGAGGCUACGACGAGUUGCUGACCUCCCUGCGGAUCAUCCGGACGGACUUCGGGGACCCAGCCGUGGUGCUGUUUGAAGCCAUGGACUUCCAAGGGCCCUGCGUGGAGGUGAGCACGGCACUGCCCGAUGUGGAGCUAGCGCAACACGGGCCCCACACACAGGCCAUCCACGUGCUCAGCGGCGUGUGGGUGGCCUAUGAGCAGGUGGGCUUCUCCGGCGAGCAGUACGUGCUGGAGAAGGGCGUGUACCGUAACUGCGACGACUGGGGCGCGGGCAACAGCGCCCUCGCCUCGCUGCAGCCGGUACUGCAGGUCGGGGAGCACGAUCUGCACUUUGUCUCAAAGAUUCAGCUUUUCUCAGGCCCCGACUUCCUGGGCGACCACAUCUGCUUCGAGGAUGACCAAGCCUCUCUGCCCGCCUCCUUCCAGCCGCAGUCCUGCCGGGUCCUCGGAGGCAGCUGGAUCCUGUUUGAUGGGAAGAACUUCGAGGGGGACCAGCACAUCCUCUCUGAGGGCGAGUUCCCUACUCUCAUGGCCAUGGGCUGCCUGGCCUCCACGCUCCUGAGUUCUCUCCGGAAAGUGCCUCUGCACUUUUCAGAGCCUGCCAUCUUUUUGUACGGACUGGAGUGCUUCGAGGGGAAGGAGAUCGAGCUCAGCGGGGAGGUGCGGAGCCUGCAAGCCCAGGGUUUCAACAACCACGUGCUGUCCGUGCGGGUCAAGGGUGGUGUCUGGGUGCUGUGUGAGCACAGCGACUUUCGGGGCCACCAGUGGCUGGUGAGCAGCUGCGAGAUCACUAACUGGCUGACCUACAGCGGCACCCAGCGGGUGGGCUCCCUCUACCCCAUCAAGCAGAUGGGGAAAUAAAGGCCCAAAGAAGUGGACAAAGAUUUGCUCUGCAACCUUGGGCAAGUACUGGACCUCCGCGGGCCUCCGUUUCCUCAUCUUUAAAAUGGGGAUAGUGUGGGUUGACUUGAGGACUGAGAUUCAUAAUGUCCAUAGACCUCUUAGAAUGGCGCUUGAGGCCGGGGAUUUAGCUCAGUGGCACAGUGCCUGCUAGGCAAGCGCAAGGUCGUGAGUUCGAUUCCCAGUACCAGAAAACAAACAAACAAACAGUCAAACAAACAAACAAAAAAAGCCAGAAAAUGGAAUGGUGCUUGAGAAGGAAGCACGCAGCAGAGGUCAGCCAUAAUUGUUUCUACUAUUGUCGUUACUGUCACCAUCAUCUAAGACCUCCGGCUGGUUUGUGGCAGAGUCAGGUCUAAUGUCUGGCAAUCCAGUGUCCACCCCACUGUGGCCUCUCUUCAGCGUGCGUGUGUGUAUGCAUUUCCCCUAUAAGUGUGUGUUUGCACAUCUGUAUUCCUGCACACAUCUGUUCUUGUAGCAUCCUUGAUUAUCUGGUCCACAGUAGGCUGGGCAGACCUGUGAUCCGUGAGGAUGAGUGAGUCUGCAUCUUCUGUGAAUUUCUGGGACACUUUUUGUCUCUUUUCCAUGGGACACGUGGUUGUACCUGUCAUCGUGUCCUGUUGCACGCUUCCCUGAGGUAUCCCCAUGGGCACAGAGCAGUGGGAACGCGUGUGUGCACGUGUGUGUAUGUGGGGACAAGGGGUGGCUUAGAAGAGAGUCGAGGAAAGUUUGAGUCUUGGGAGCUCAAUCCUGGAGGAUCCAGAGCUGAGGGUGGCGAGGGCAUCCUUGCCUGGGGACCCCUAACUCUCAGCUGCUCCCCAU